UAGCUCUAUUGCGAAUUAGGAUAAAGCCCAGAGAGAGGUUGGGAGUAAGUCCUUAUGAGAUUCUAUAUGGGAAACCUUAUCAUGCUACUGUACUGAAGGGAGAUUUGCAUGUACAAGGGGAUCAAGUGAUAUUUAAUUAUGUAAUGUCACUAAACAGAACUCUCAACAGCCUACGGGGCGCCCUGCAGUGGAACCGACCUCUACCACUGGAGAACCCCGUCCAUGACAUCCAGCCUGGUGACCGAGUGUAUGUGAAAAACUGGUUUACUGAUCCACUGAAAGAAACAUGGGACGGUCCUUACCAGGUGAUCCUGACGACAUACACAGCAGUAAAGGUGGCGGGAAUCGACACCUGGAUCCACUACACUCGAGUCAAGAAAAUUCCAACACAAUGGGAGGCUCAGAUGGUCUCCCCGACGCGAAUGACAUUUCGCGCAAAGCCGCAUUCUUAAUUAUUCUGUUACUGGUAAUGAUGAAAUUGAUACCUGCUCAAGGUGUUGUGGUUGUUACUGUUUCAGAACCUGUUGUCGGAAUCAUGGAAGGGAUGGAUGUGAAUCUGACCUGUGCUGUUACCAAUGACCAGAAAGCUGAAGCCCGAGAUUUACGAGUAUUCUGGAAACAAGGAGCUGGGUACCCCAAGGCAAGUUUUACUACCGUUUGGGAUAGGGAUGCACAGAAAGGAAAUACCACAUUACAAUUAAAGCAAGUAACCAAGGAAGAUAUGGAAAUCUAUAUGUGUAUAGUGCAAAUUAAGUAUAGCUUUGACUAUAAGAAAAUCAAAUUGAGGGUGGUAUCUUGGAGAUUACGGGAAGGAACUGUCUCUCAGGAAUCGGUGUCAGUUAAGCCAACAUCCACUAUUCAAGACAUGUGGGACGGUCCCCCGUAAAAGCUCAAUUGCCCAUUCACGCUGACAGAAGCAUGUAAACAAGAUGUGAAGGUUAAGUGGUGGAGAGAACAACAACAAAUGUGGGAACAAAUUGACCAGGGGGUGAGUUGGUGGAAAGUAGGGGACAGAGGAAUUGGGUGGUUAAACAUUUCGGGCCCUAAACAAGGCAUGGAUGAAGGGCGUUAUCUGUGUUUAGUUAUGUGUGGAUUAGAUGCAGACUAUGGUAUCCGAUCGUCAAUAGCUAAGGCACAUUUGGGAGAAAGGGUUAAAGCAACACGUGGAAUAUUUCGAGCAGUACGGAACAAGGCAGUCAUUCUAGUCUGUAAGAUAGAAAGGGAUGUACAGUUUAUUGAAUAUGGAUGGUGGUUUAAGGGAAACAAUAUAUGGGACAAGGAAGGGAAAUAUCGCAGGGAAAAACGAUCAGACCAAACUGUCAUCCUUAUAAUCAAGGACGUACAGCCUGAGGACGAGGGAUAUUACUGGUGCUGGAUUAGCAAGGAUUCUUGGUGGGGACAUUCAAGGACGAUGGUCUCACUCACUCGAGGGAAACCAAGAGGAGUAAGAGAAACCAAUAUCACUAUUCAAAAUGAGCAGGAACAAGAAAAUCUGAUAGUAGGAUUGAUCAGAGAUUUUGGGACAGUACAAAAUGUCUCACGAAUCACAGCAUGUCUUCCGCUCCCACAGGCAGCUGGGGAACCUAUUCCAUGGGGAGUGAUUCCGGUCCCAAUGCCUCCAACAAUACAAGGGAACAUGACAGUUAUGUGUCAAAUGGAGGUUGUGGAAAAGGAGGUAGUAGAGAUUAAAGAAGGCUAUUCCCCUGUAUGGAGAUAUUCAUCAAUUUGGGAUUGUCGGGAAAAAGGAGGUAGAUACGAACCAAAACCUGGAUUGUAUGGAGGAUUAGGAAAUUAUGGUUGGUGUUUUGAUAAGCAAGACCAACAAAUCAAGAGGAAGCAAUUAUCCCGGGAAAUGCAAUGUCAUAAUAUGACACAAGAACAGCCCAUAUGGGAUCACUGGGAGGCAAUUUGGGGUCCAAGUUUGCUGGAACACUAUAGUUAUAUUGGGCCUGUUGAUUGGUGUGUACAGUGGUCAGGAAGUAAAAACCAAUCACAUGACGAAGUGUCGGAGAUAUAUACCUCAACUAGAGAGAGGGUGAUAACAAAAGAAAACUGGAAUUGUACAGAAGUUUAUACAUGUGAUACUCCAGGGGAUCAAAUUAGCCUAGUCCCGGUAAGGGUCCUUUUGAAAUGGGGAUGUGAAUGUAGGAAAUACAAUCAUACAGUACCAGGCAAACCCCUUAUGAAUGGAUUUUAUGGAAGGGUCUCCUGUAGAACAACUACACUCAGAAGUCCAGGAAAUUUGGUGUGGGUAAUGGAACAUGGACAGUGGACCACUCAUCUCCCUUUGGACGGACCAGUGACACAAGUAACUUUGGAAAUACCAACGCUAUGUCCUUUGUGGAAACAGUCUAAGUUAAGGGAAUCAGGGACUAGGAGAAAGAGAGAAAUUGAUGAUGAUUUGAAUUUAUUAGGAGAUGAAGAUCAAUGGCAUGAACCAGACAGCGGGGUGAAGUUUGGAUGGGCAUUGGAAUCUUUGUUUGCACCAAUAGCUACAUAUAGAAAUAGAGAAAUGUUGUUUAAGUUACUGGGACAAACAGAGAGACUGGCAGUAGCAACUAGAAAAGGGUUCACUGAUUUGAACUUACAGUUGCAGGCUACUUCCCGUAUGACUCUCCAAAAUAGAAUGGCUCUAGAUAUGUUGUUAUUGAAGGAGCAUGGAGUCUGUGGGUAUUUGAACAAAAGAAUUGACCACUGUUGCAUCCAUAUCCCAAAUGUAACAAUCGAGGUAGAGAAGGAUAUCUCCCAACUAGAAAUAGUGGAAUCUGGAACAAAGGAAAUUGAAAAGGAGGCCCAGCACAAUUGGAUAGGAGCCUUGUUAGACUCAAUGGGGCUUCAGGUUUCUGGUUGGAUAUCGUCAAUACUGCAAUAUAUAUUGUUGUUUGUGAUUGUACUAAUUGUUGCUUGGAUAGCAUAUAAGUGUGUUUUAGGAAUAAUAACCAAGGAAACAAGACGAACCCGAAGAUUGGUAAAAGCUAUAGGAAGAAACUACGGAUUGGGAAUUCCCCCGCCUAAAUACGAAGAGGUGGCCCUUCCUGCCCUUCCUAGAAGAACCGAAGCUGAAGGUUGAGCAUCCUUGCAGAAGAUCUGAAGAAUGCUCAAAAGGGGGGACUUGUUGCAGAAAUGAUUGAAAAUUAUAUUCUAGUUAACAGAUGCCUAGAUUAGUGAAACAAUAUAAAGUUAGCAUAAGUAGCAGUAGUUAUGCUAAGGCCUCAUAGGCCCGGUAAACUUCAAGUGAACUUUAGUGCUUUAGUGCCAGGUAGAUCGGAAGAUGUAUUAUCUAGAAAAUGUACUAAACCUUAUCUAUGGAAUGCACCUUUUGGCUGAGUAACGGAUGUCAGGGUGUACCUAAUAAAUCUCUGUAUGCUAUCUCUAAAAGUGUGCAGGGAGAUGUUGGAUAUAUAAACCCUGUAAAUUCUGUGGCAAAUUGGGGCUCUGACUUUGGACAAUAGUCCUCAGGUCCCCAGGGCCCUCAAUAAAGCACCGCAUAAAACAA